AUGUCCACGCAGCCUCAGUAUUCCCCCCCUGAAUACAGUCUCUCAGCACUUCCCAUAUCGCGGUCUGUCAAGGUUGCUUUGGAAGAAGCAGGCUAUCGCACAACGCGGGAUAUCGAACUCAUGUCGGCCGAAGACUUGUCUGUCGAGCUAGCAAUAUCGACGUCCGAAGCAAGAUUCACACUGCAACAGGCAGAGGAAUGGCAAGCCCAAAUCCACUCCGCAACCGCUGCCGAUCUUUUGUCAACCGCUACCCAUCCUCAUUUUUCCACAUUUUCUGCUUCUCUCGAUGGUCUGAUCGGAAAAUUUAGCCUUUCAAUUUCCUCGGAAGCGGGGUCUUCUCGUAAAGGCAAAGAGAGGUUGCACACAGGCUCAAUAGUUCCUGGAAUGGUGGUUGAGAUAUCGGGACCACCUGGAGGAGGUAAAUCUGCCAUUGCUCUGGCGGUGUCACUGAGUGCCCGCGAAUCUGGCCAGAAAGAGAGGGAACUGAACGGUCACCCGGAAGGAAAAGCGCACUCGGAAUUUGGGGAAGUUUUGAUCAUAGAUACGGAGGGCGCCAUGACUACAGAGAGGCUGUACGAGGCCGCCCGGGCCGUUGUAGAAGGGGACAAGCGACUACCACAUGACGUGUUGCAAGGGAUCCAUCUAUUGCGGGUAUCCACGCAACAUGAGAUGUUGGCGCUUUUGCAUACCCUGGACGAAUGGUUGGAAUCACAUCCGAAGGUCAAUCUUGUCAUCAUAGAUACCCUGAGCUUCCACUUCAGACAGCUCAGUCUGGACAUCGCUGCGAAACGUCGGGCCAUGGAACUGCAAGUGCUGAUUGCUCUAAGUGAUAGCCUAAGCAUUUGCAACGCAGCUGACAGAAAUCUACAGGUGAUAGUAUGUAAUCAACUCGCGACAAAGCUCUUAAAUGCCGAGAACAAGCCCGCGAAUUUCGAUACGGGCGAUCGAGCCAUUCUCAUGCCUCAGCUGAGUGAUUCGUGGGCUACAUCAAAAGCGCUGCGAUUGGUCGUGUUUCGUGGAGGUGUCAGUGACGAGAUACGGUAUGUAUAUGCCUCAAUGUCCGGAUUAAGCAAAACAGUGCCGUACGCUGCUUUCGAUAUCGACUCCAACGGUUUGCCCUGUGAUGUACCGGAAAUGCUUUAUCCAACAGCAUAG